AUGUAUGGAUUAAGUCUAUCAGUCAGCAUGAAGGUCUGGGAGUUCUGUGUCCUUUUUGUCUUUUUGCUUUGGAGUUCAACACUUGGAGAGGACACAGUGGCAGAAGACGUUGGCGUCCAUCAACUGGAACGUUUAGUGGAGCUGUUGACACCCAAGGAGUGUGAGGACCUCCUGUUUGCCCUGUCUCACCCAGAAGAAGACAUCUUCCAGCAUAUCGAUCGCCUCUCACCAGAAAAUAAUCAACUGGAUCUCAAUCUGCGAGUCAAGAGAGACAAGUCUUCUGCUGUAGGUUCUGGAGCUGCAUGCCAGGCAGCCCUGACAGACUGGCUGCUGAAGUAUGGCGAGAAAACCUACUACGACAGACUUUCUCGUGGCCUGCAGCACAUCGGCAGGACCGACAUCGCCAUCGAGGUGGGGAAGAACAUCAACCAGGACAAAGUCUUGAACCUGAAGCGUUAUGUCGAGGACUACCACAAGUACGUCAGCUCUCUGAACAUCCAGCCGGCGAAUGCAGACUCCAACACCCAUCGGCAUCAGAGGAUCAAGAAGACAAAGUUGACAGAUCUGACAUGGAGAGACCUGGAUCUGGUCUUGGAGCGAGCUCCAGUCCCUCCAUAUCCCAGGAGCCCAUUGGAUGUCGUUCUGCCUGUGAUGUACGGCAUCCUGCUGGGCUUUGGGGGCACUCUGCUGGCAGGCUUGUUUCUGCUCCUCGUCAUCAACCGCAGCUCUGAAAGGCAGCAGAGCAUCGCCACGACCAGACACCAUCAAGUUUGA